GUGUAAUUCCCCUCCCCGCACGUAGGCUAUAUUUGCAUAACUUUUUAUGUGCAGCGCGAUCUCUGCAAGAAAGCCUGAAGUUUUUAAAAGUUGGUAUUGCAUAAUUUCCGCAUGAUGUAAUCAGUCAUUCAGUCUAAAAAUGAGCUCAAGCACAAAAGAGAAGAAGGUUGCUGGUGAAGGAGACAGAUCAGCGUCCCCUGUGCCAAGUUGUGUGUCCAUGAAGAGUGACAGAUCGAUGUUGGAGCCACCCAAACUUAGUGAUGAACCUGUAAACUCUGAUCCAAGAAAACAGACACACAGACCAGAGUCUCCCACACCCAGUGGUGUGUCCUUGAAGAGUGACAGAUCGAUGUUGGAGCCACCAAAACUAAGCAGUGAACCUGUGAACAUCGAUCUAGAGUUACAGACACAGAGACCAGCAUCUCCUGUACCAAGUGGUGUGUCCAUGAAGAGUGACAGAUCAAUGUUGGAGCCUCCAAAAUUGAGCGAUGAUCCUGUGGACGUGGAUCCAAAAUUUUUCUUUAGAAAUCAGACACGAAGACCAGAGUCUCCCACACCCAGUGGUGUGUCCUUGAAGAGUAACAGAUCGAUGUUGGAGCCACCAAAACUGAGUGUUGAACCUGUGAACAUUGACCCAAGAUACUUGCCGACAGAUCCAAUUUCACUGACUACCAGCAAAUCAUAUGAUGAUAAUCUGAAAGAAGUUAUAGCAUGUCAUAAAGCCAAUCUGAAGAAGAAGUUUGAAAACAUACGUGAAUGUGUGUCGACUCCAGCAAUCCAACCUCAAACAUUUCAGGAGACUCUAAACAUUGAUCUCUACAUCGCAGAGGUAGAAAGUGAGAUGUUGGAUGAGGAACAUGAGGUUUGUCAGAUCGAGCCAGACAGACCUGUCAACUGCGAUGAGAUCUUCAAGCCUUUACCUGGACAAGACAGACCAAUUCGAACUGUGCUCACGAAAGGUGUGGCUUGCAUUGGAAAAACGGUUUUGGUUCAGAAAUUCAUUCUUGAUUGGGCGGAUGGGAGAGCCAAUCAAGACAUAGACUUUGUGUUCCUGCUUCCUUUCCGAUUCCUGAAUAGGAUGAAAGACUCUCAGCAAAGUCUCCAUGAACUCCUGUGUCACUCCUACCCUGAGGUUGAAAAGUUGACAGACCGUUUUAAAUACAAAGACUGUCAGAUUUUGUUCAUCUGUUUAGCUUUGGAUGAGAGCAAUCUACCACUGGAUUUCCAGAAAAACCAGAAACUCUCUGAUAUAAAAGAAAAAGCUGUGGUGGACACACUUAUAACAAGCCUUAUCCAGGGCUCUCUGUGUUCAUCUGCCCGUGUCUGGAUAACAUCACGACCAGUGGCAAGUGAUGAAAUUCCUCAUGAGCUCAUUGGCAAAGUUACAGAAGUAAGAGGCUUCACUGACUCACAGAAGGAAGAGUAUUUCAGGAAGAUAACUGAGGAUGAGGGUCAAGCCAACAGAAUCAUCUCUCACAUGAAGUCAUCUACAAGCCUCCACAGCAUGUGUCGCUUGUCUGUUUUUUGUCGGAUUGCAGCAACUGUACUUCAGCAGAUGCUGGAAGAGGACAACACCCAGGAACUGCCCACAACUUUGACUGAGAUGUUCAUACACUUCCUGCUCAUCCAGAGAACCAGAAUGAAUCAGAAGUAUCAAGCAAGUAGCAGCCAAGAAUUGCAAAAAGAAGUUAUAAUGAAGUUGUCUGAACUUGCCUUCAAACAUCUAGUGAGGGGAAACUUUAUGUUUUCAGAGAAGGAGGUAAAGGAAUGUGGCCUUGAUAUAAAUUAUGCCAUGGUGAAAUCUGGACUCUGCACUGAUGCUCUCAACUUUUUGGGAAAAUUAUACACUUUUGUACACGUGACCAUACAGGAGUUUCUCGCUGCCUUAUACGUGUUUGUAUGUUAUGUCAACAAAAAUGAGAAGGCACUUAAACCACUUAAAGGGAAGUUCAAGAUCUCUCCAAAACAUAUGACACUGGAUGAGCUACUCAAGAGUGCAGUGAACAGGGCCUUGGAGAGCAAGACUGGACACCUUGAUCUGUUUGUGCGUUUUCUACACGGUUUAUCCUUGGAGUCCAAUCAAAAGCUCUUACAAGGCCUUCUGCCACAUACAGAGAGAAACCCUGAGAGUGUCAAUAAAGCCAUUCGAAAUCUCAAGGAGUUGAAGAGACCAAACAUCUCCCCCGACCGGUGGAUCAACCUCUUCAACUGCCUGGUGGAACUGCAUGAUUCAUCUCUUCAUGAAGAUGUACAAGCUUAUUUGAAGACAGAGGGAGGUCAUUUUAAAAAGCUUAAACUUGCUCACUGCUCAGCUUUGGCCAAUGUGCUGCUGAUGGCAAAAGUUCCUCUGGAUGAGUUGGAUUUGAAGAAAUACAAGACAUCAGAUGAGGGUCGGAGAAGACUGAUUCCAGCUGUGCGGUGCUGCAGAAAGGCUCUGCUGUCUGGCUGUAAACUCACAGAGAAGUGUUGUGAGGUGGUGGCGUCAGCUCUCGAGUCUCCCAACUCCCACCUGAGAGAACUGGACCUGAGUAACAAUAACCUGCAGAAGUCUGAAGAGAGACUGUUCAGAGGGCUCCAAAGUCAACACUGUAAGCUGGAAUCACUGAGUCUUGCUGGAUGCAAACUGACAGCGGCCUCCUGUCAUACCUUGGCUUUAGUCCUGCAAGCAACACAUAUCCCCCUGAAAGAGCUGGAUCUGAGUAGAAAUCCUCUGAAAGACUCUGGAGUUGAACACCUCUCAUCUGGGCUGGAGAGUCUGAACUGCUCUCUGCAGACACUGAGGUUGGUAGCCUGUGCCAUCACAAGGAAAGGCUGUGAGCUUCUGGCUUGUGCCUUGAGUGGAAACCCAGCCUCCAACCUGAGAGAGCUGGACCUGAGUGGGAAUAACCUAGAAGAGCCAGACGUCAAGCUGCUCUUAGAGAUGAUAAAAGAAGAAGAAGAUAAAAAGUUGGCCCUGACCACACUGAAAUACACCUGAGCUCACCACAUUCCACAUUUCAAUAUCAAGCUCUCAUUCACAUCACCUGUGUCUGUUAGCAACACAGCUGGCAGCCUCUUCUCUAUGUUAGCAGAGUUUAGUUCCGGGCAGGUUUUAGAGUUUGAACAGAAUAAGCUCCCACAGCAUCCACCCUGAGCUCUCACCUCCUCCGUGAUGUCCUGCUUGAGCUCACAGGCCAUGAGGCCAUCUGCUUGGGCUGGCCCAUAGAUACAAGAUGAAUGGUGUCGUCGCAUAGUGAUGGGCAUCUUUCAGGAGUAGAGCCCGAUUCCAGGUCCAGUUCCGGUUUACCUUAAUAGUCUACCUUAAUAGUACAUAAAGAUCAGCCUACUAGAACAGAUGAUUUAAAAUAACUGCUAGGCUUUUUUUUAGAGUCUCUAAAUAAACUUGCAUCUUGUCCUUCCUUUCAAUGAUAAAGGGGUUAUUGUGUAUAUUAUAUAUUGUAUAAAAUUAUAGGCAGGACCACAUUGUUUUUUUUUUAACACUUUCUGAAUUCAUGAUUUUUUUUGCUUAUUAUUUGGUUCCAGUUUGUUUUUCUUAUUCUUGAUUCAUGAUUCUAUGGGAUUCUGAUAUUUUACUCCAAUCUCUAAUGAGUUUUGUAGUUUUUGAGAAAUACUUUUAAAGCAACAGUGCAAUGUUAUUACCUCCGCCAAGGAUGUAUGUAUGUUUGUCUAUUUGUUAGCAAGAUUCCAGAGGCGUUUAUGUAUUUCGCCUAGUGGUGUAUUGGCAUGGCACAGCCAUGUGGUGGCGAUCUGAAUUGUUUAGGUUCAAAUGUAUGACAACCUAGGAAGAACAAUGCAGGUGGAGGUCUGCGCUUUCUGAGAGCUUUUCUAGUUUCAUUUGAUUUUGGGAACAUCUGUGAUGUUUGUAUUCACUAGUUUGCUAGGCCAAUUGAUAUUGUAUAUUAUUUACUCUGAUUUUGCUAAAAGAAGAACCUGCAUUACAGCAGUUUUACACUUUUGAUGUAUAAAUGAACAUAUUGUACAUAACUACUGUAAUGGAGAAUAUAGUUUUGUAACCUCUGUCCAUAUAUAUCCACCACAAGCUCAGCUAAGGUAUGUCUUUGCAAGGCCAGUUCAACAGUGGUCUUUCAUACUGCAGACCCUUACAUCACAUACAAAAUCACUCACAGUAAUCUGCAUAUCCAUCCCAAUCAAAAUCACUUACAGUACAGCACUCUCUUGAUUGAUUUAGCAAAAUGUAUUCAGCUAUGAGGUUAGUACACAGGGACAGUUAUUAUGGUAUUAUGGGUUUGUUUCUUUUAACUUGCAUAAAACACUGUAAUUAUACACAAUGUGGCUAAUACACAGGAACUUAGGGGGGGGGGGGGGUAUACAGUAUGAGCUUGUAUAUUUAUACUUUUAAGUAUAAAUAUACAAUUUUUUCCACUUUUGAGGUAUGUGUGAUGUACGACUGCCUUUGCACUGCAGUCUUAAUGGUAGAUCAAUUUACGGAUGAUUGAGUACAUACGUUGAGUUUUAGCAACACUUCAUCAACAUUUCCGGACUAGACUAGAUUUAUAUUUGUACAUGUUUUGAUGUACUACUUUUGACAUUAUUGAUGAAAUAAAUAAACA